AUGUCUGAACCGCAGCGACCAACGCCAUUGACGAGCUCGUCAGUCCCUCCGGGUCUCAUAGAUUCCGAGCUAGAGGAAGCAAAUACGACCCAAAAUACUAUUCAAAACGAAGUCGUGCCUGCGGCAGGGGAGACGAUGGUCGAGAUCCCUACCGUAACUAUCCGCAGCGCAACAUUUCCCACCGUGGCCGAAAAUACUCCAAGGCCGCCUUUCCUGGUUACAUACCUUAGCCCGGACUUGCCUACGGAGCGUACUUCCUCGUCUCCAAGGAGCCCUCCUCCUUCGGUCGUGAUGGAAGAGUUGACGGACGACAUUCUUCCGCUCACAGUCCCUGUCAAGGUGACAAUAAUUACCCGGCACGGUGAAACAGCCCGGGAGACCAAAAAAGAAUUUGGGGUAUUCUCCUGGAUUCGCAAGGAAAACUACGAGCGUCUUCUACCGACGGAAACUAUAGAAUUACACAAAGUCACCUACGAACAGGGCAAAGAAGGGUACCAUCGUUACGGCUCUUGUCGAAUCAGUGCCGCACCCGAGCUCCCUGCUGAGAUGCCGUAUUAUGUCCUCGACGAUAGUGACGUUUCGACUUUGGUUCAAAAGGCGAUUCCUCUCAUCUGCGGCUUUAUACACGAUCAUCCAUGCCGAAAGUUCUCCUUGCAGAUCUACUGGGAUUGUGGAUACGCUCGCUUAAGGCCACAGCCUAGCGCAGGUGUUGAAGGUAACCCUAAGUUCAGUGACAUGAUCAUGACGGAGUUACGCAAGAAGCGACAGAAAAACUUUCGAAACCAGGAAUACAUCUCUCGUCGGGAUCAGUCGGUCUUUCAAAACUACGACGUGGUGCGUGAUCUUGUUUUCUUCGACAACUCUCUCACCUUGAAUCCAGACGACAAGAAAGCCUUUGUCCACCAAAUAAUAGAGCGACCGGCAUUGAAGCUGUUACUUAUUUGCGUCUUCCUGAGUUAUAACUUGGCCUUUCUCCGUCAUCUUCUUGGUUAUCACGGGUGUGGCGACGAAAACUUUCCACAACAAAACAUGGAAUGUAACUUAGACUACUGUCAUGACUUUGUCGAUCAGAUUUUGGGCAUCAAAGCCAUGUUUUAUGUGAGGAAUGUCAAUGAAGACUUCAAAUACCACAAGUUUGAGGUCGGGGAGGUCGUGCCAUUGCGUGCCACUCUACCAAAUUCUGAACUGAGAUCGCUUGGGAAGGGUACAUCUGGCAAGGUUUACGAGGUCUGGAUCGAUUCUGCGCACCACUAUCUGACUGGAGAUCCAUUCAGUUGUUUUGCUUUGAAAGUAUUCCCUGCUGAAAGUGCAAAGGGAUUCGAACGAGAAAUGAAGAUGCUUCAAGUCCUUGCUGAUCACCCCAAUCAUAAUAUUGUCCCUCACAUUACGAGCUGGACACAGUCAGAAGAUAAUUAUAUUCUUUACCCAGCAGCCAGGUACAACCUGAGGACAUUCAUGCAGGACAGGAAGCCUGUAGGGUUCACAAAACACGAAACGCUGUGGUUUCUGCGGCAAUUGCAAGGGCUGGCUCUGGCUAUCGACCACGUUCAUCACCUGAAGGACCCGAGAAACAGUGGGCGGAACACGUCAGUGGACGCUUACUGGGGCUGCCAUUUCGACAUCAAACCCGAAAAUAUUCUGGUCUUUGAAAAGGUACCAGGCUAUCACCCCAGAUUCAAAAUCGGCGAUUUUGGGGUGGGCGUCUUCAAUAGGCCAGAGAACCCCGGGGUACAUUCUAGGGUGACAAAGGAAGCCAAAGGGACAUUGACUUAUAUCGCACCUGACGAAGACCGCAACGGAGAGGUUUCACGACCCUCCGACAUGUGGGCUUUGGGUUGUGUAUAUUUAGAAUUGAUGCUCUGGGUGUUCAGCUUCUUCGAAUCGAGCGAAGGGGGCUUCUCAACGGCACGCUUCAAAUGCACGGGUGCCGAUCCAAACAACAAGCACGAUAAAUUCUGGGACAAAUUCCCGAUGCCACUUGGGGGGUUCGAAUACAGAUUGAAGUCAAUCGUCGAGGACGUCAUGACAGAGUUAAGGAAUGUAUGGUGUGACAACAUGCCCGCGUUUCAGGGCAUCAUUACGGCUGUCAACAAGCUUCUCGAGAUCGAUGCUGGCAACAGAUGGACGGCGGUAGAGCUUAAGAAUCACAUCACACAGACUGUCCGAGAAGCUGAAGAGUUUCUUGUGGAUUUCCCCGAGUUCUACUCUUCUCAGUAUGAGGCCAACUGUGAAGCAGAAUUUCAGAGACAGCAAAACGCGCAGGAGAGCGAACUAACUCCAGAAAGCCGGCGGCUCAACCAGUUUGAUAGGGCUGCGCAAGCGCUCAUCCACACCGGGGCGGUAACGGAUAUUGGUCCUGACGCAAGCAGAGACCGCCACACUCCAGACACGCAUGCGCUUCUUACCUUGAACGGGGGGCUCAAUGACGCUAUGGAGCGAGAAUUGAGCGACAUGGUCGAAUCUUCAGCCACUUCUCCUGAGCAGCCGUGA